AUGGAGGAGCAGCUGGUCAGGCUGUUGACCGAAACGCAAUCCGCGGGCGAGGGUCCGCGAAAGGAUGCGGAAUGGCAGCUCAAGCAGCUCUACGGCAAUCCAGACUUUCCACCGGGUCUGGUCUCAAUCGGCGCUCAUGAGCAUGUGCCACUCAAUAUCCGCCAGGCUGCGCUGCUAUAUCUGAAGACGUUCGUGCUCGCAACCUGGUCUCCUCAAUUCGACGAAUUCGACGGCCAGCUGUAUGCAGAUGGAACCAAGAAGGCGCAGAUUCGACAGGGCCUACUGGAUCUGGCCCUUGGCGGACAGGGCGAGAGGAAGGUCAAGGCUGCCGCGAGCCUCGUGGUUAGCAAGAUAGCAACGGCAGAUUUUCCAGAGGACUGGCCUGAUCUACUUCCGACCGUGCUGAACGUUGUGGCAACCGGAACAGAUGCCCAACUUCAUGGAGCUCUCAAGGUCUUGAACGAGCUGGUGGACGAUUGCUUCAACGAAGAACAAUUUUUCAAAGUCGCCCGAGAUCUAGUCAAGGUGGUCUUCGACGUUGCCAUCAAUGAUAACCGCAGAACAAACUUGCGGGCUUUGGCGGUCCUGGUCUUCCGGUCGUGCCUCGAUACUCUGGAGAUGGUUAUGGAAGACCACAAGGCUGCAGUCAAAAGCUUUGCAGAAGAGGCACUCGCUGGCUGGGUCCCAUUUUUCAUCAAUGUCUUGAAGUCGCCUCUUCCAGCCGCACCUGCCGAAGGCCAGGAGUCGAGCAACGAUGGGGCCGUGGAAGUCUAUCGUGGUCACAUCACACUCAAACUGCAGGUCGUCAAGGCACUCAUGCGGGUUCGUACACUCUUCGCGCAAAUGUUGUCACCGCAUAGUCCAGCUUUAUUUUCGGCCACAUGGCAGGAACUCUCCACCUUGCAGGCACAAUACCAACACAUGUACAUUGAGCAGGAUGUCCAAGGGCGGUUGGAAGAUGCUGAUGGCUUGCCAUACACUCUUGACUUCCUGGUUCUCGAGGAACUCGACUUCCUACAAGCUUGUUUGCGCGCACCUCCUGUCCGCAAAGAACUUGAACAGCAGCUCCAAUCGCAGUCCGGCAGUGGACCGUGGAUGACAGAGGUCAUGAAGAUCGCGGUUGCAUACGCGCAGAUCACCAACGAAGAGGAGGGUCUCUGGGACAUCGACGUGAACGUCUUUCUGUCGGAAGAGGUCAACGUCACGGCGAACUACACUCCUCGCUCUGCAUGUGGGGAUCUAGUCAUCAAACUUGGCGAGUGGCUUACAAAUGCCACGGUUGAAGGUCUGCUCGCCUACACUCGCACGCUAUACAACGAGAACGCAGGUUGGAAGGCUAAGGAGGCCGCUCUCUACUUGCUCAGUCAGCUACUUGGCGACUUCCAGGACGUCGAGAAGGAGAUAGGCUCCGAUUCAGCAAACGGCUAUGUCGAUUUCAUUCAGCAUGCUAUGCAGGAACAGCCAGUAUUCCUCAGAGCUCGAGGAUACCUCGUAGCCGCCAGCUUGACACGCACCUCAGGCGACGCUCUGCAGCCCGUUGCAACCUCCUUCAUGGAAGCUUCCCUACAGGCGAUCAACAACGACGACUCAGAGAUUGUCAAGGUCUCAUGCAUUCGCGCAUUGCAGUACUAUUUUGCGUCACUGCCCACCUCAAUUACAUUGUCCCGGCAAUCCGACAUUAUCAACUCACUGUCCAACUUCCUCAACACCCAGGACUUGAGCGACCUCGCUGACAGCGAUGAUUUGCUCAUUACCAUCAUUGAAACUCUACGCGACGCCAUUUUGCUAGAUGUCAGGACCGUAUUGUCGGGUGGUGGGCUCGAUCUGCUGUUUACAGUUGCAAGUCGUGGUGCGUCGAAUUUCCAGAUCGCCCUUUUGGUCACCGAGACUUUCGAAGAAAUUGCAGAUCAAACCUCGGCGGCUGGCGCUGAAACGUUCGCUCAGCUUACGACAAAGGUAUUACCGUCACUGACGGGCGCAUUCGACGUCGCUACUCUCACCGAGGAAAGCGCCCUGGCAAACUUAGCUGCAGAGCUUCUUGCAGUCCUAGCAGAGCAUGGCUCUUCUCCGCUGCCACCGGGCUUCGUGAACACCGUGGUGCCACGCUUGAAUCGGCUACUGCUGGGCUCGGAGGACGACGAGCUUUUGAAGUCUGCCACAUCGGCGAUGAAGCACAUGCUGCAUCACGAUCCUGAGCAAAUCUUCAGCUUCCAAGAUCAGGCCGGCAAACAUGGUCUCGAAGUGGUACUCAUCAUCAUUGAUAGACUGCUCAACCCAGCUGUUGACGACAACGGUGCUGCUGAAGUUGGUGGUCUCGCUGCAGAGCUAGUCGAGAAGGCAGGUUCCGACAGGCUCGGUCCAUAUCUGAUGCAGCUUCUCCAGGCCGUUGCAGUACGCUUGGCAACUGCUACGCAAGCCGCGUUCAUCCAGAGCCUGAUCCUCGUCUUCGCUCGUCUAUCUUUGAUCUCAGCACAGGAAGUCGUCGGGUUCCUCGCCGAUGUUCAGAUUGGCGAUCAGAGCGGCUUACAGGUUGUGAUUAGCAAGUGGCUGGAGAACUCGAUCAACUUUGCCGGCUACGAUGACAUCAGAAAGAAGUCAGUAUACAUCCAUCUCUCAGAUCCAUUACGUAGCUAACAGAGACAGUGUCGUUGCUUUGUCCAAACUCUAUGAACUUGGCGACCCGCGCAUAGCUGAGAUCCAUGUCAAGGGCGACAUGAUCAUGCCAAAAUCUGAUCGCAUCUUGACCCGCUCUCGCGCUAAGCAGCAACCCGAUCAGUACACUAUCAUCUCGGCACAGCUCAAGAUCAUCAAAGUCUUGGUCGAAGAGCUGCUUUCAGCUUCCGGCACUUCGCGCAAUAUCGACGCUUCCAAUGCCGCAGACGUGGACGACGGCGACGAAGACGACGGUAGCUGGGAGGAUGACGACAAUGACUUUCUGGACCUCGGGACAGGCAUGACCAAAUCUCAGUUGAUGGCUUUCGGUGCUGACUACUCUGGCAACUACUCACGCGGCAAGGACGAUGAGACUCAAGCCUACCUACUCAAUUUUUUCCAGGAGCAAGCCCAGAAGCCUGAAUUCGCCCAAGUCUUCAACGCCCUGACGGAAGAGGAACAGGAAAAGCUACGCAGCAUGGGCGGCUCUUGA